AUGCAGCGAAAUGUCGAGCGUGCAUACGAGCUGCACGGCCGCACACCAACUUGGGACCUGUCACCGACCCAAGCGAGAAAUCAUGGCAGCACAGCAGAGACCGAAGAAACAACACGGCCAGGUUACUCUCACAACCGAACAACAGCUCACACCGUCAAGCAGGCACACAGCAGCCUCAUGCAGCUGGGUUUGCGAGAAGUGUCAGAGAGGACGAACUUUCAGCAGCGGCACCACAUGCAGGGCAGGAUUGACAAUUGGCGCAAUGAAGUACAGUGUAUCUGUAUCGUUCCUGAUCGGCACCUGUCAUCUUGUGGUGCUCAUGCCGUCGACAAACAAAUUGUCGCUGCCAUCGUCGUGUCAUCUGCCAUCAUGACACAAGCAAAAGCAAAGGAAAGCACGGGCUUCUUCUCGGUGCUGCUGGGACUCGGUAGCGUCGAUCUUACAGGCGAGACUCAACCCGAAGAUCCCAAGCGUUCUUUCAACGAGAGUCGCCCACCGGCGCCGCAGUCCCAUUCCCGACCACCAGCAACGACAAGGCCGCAUCAGCGCACGACAUCGUCAUUUGCAAAUCAGUCACAAGCGCCUGUCAAACCAUAUCGUUCAAUGGAUAGGAGUCGCGGCGAUGCCAGGGGCGACCACGCAGAGUACUUCCCGGAAUCGACAGGCCGCAAGCAGGCCGAGACGUCGAGGGAGCGACCACGAGCAGAUGGGCGACCUUCCAUGACCUCGAUGCGCUCAUCUCAUACCGAGACCUCCUCGGAUGCCGUGAACGGAAACGCAUCGAAGGACAAAAACAAACAUGAACCUCGCGUUCCUCGAAAGGUCGCGUUCAACACACCCACCCACUCACUGCGCAGGGAGAUCCUCGGCAAACCCAAGCAUGACGAGGCACGCAGCAGUUCGGACUCGUCCGUACGGCCUCCUUUACCUCGGCCCUCGGCAAAGCCGAGCAAGUCGAAGAACACACGCACCGCUUGGAAAGCAGAGCUCGAAGAGCGCAAUUGGAACUCGUCCACGGCUACCUUGCAGAACAAGGAGGAGCUCCGUCCGCGUCUCGGCAACUACCGAUCGGCCAAAGGAGGCUCGUAUCCCCUUGGUAAGACGUCGCAGGCUGACGGCUUCCAGGCGGUGCGCGGAUCUGGACCCGACCGCGUCAUCAUCUCAGCUCUGGCACCGGCGGAAGCUGAGACCCCGCUUGACACCAGAUAUCUGCCGAUCGCCUCGACAGCGAAACAGAGACGGUCAGGACCAACGCCAGUCUCGCCCCAGCUGCGCGCUUCUCAGGACGCUGGUCGGACGAAGAUAGGACCGGCUGACCCGGAUCGUAGCAGAUCGUACCGCGACCGUCAGAGCUACAGUAAGACGGACGGCGGACCGAAGCUUGCCAGAGAGCCGCGAGGAUCACACUCUCGCGUCGACAGAACUAGCCCCCGUGCUUCCAUGCCGUCUCGUCCCAUGGGACCCAUGCCGGAUCUGCCGACGGAAACACUGCUCUCGCGCAACAUGAGCAGGGCCCGAGCUGGUGCACAAAACCCCAUUAGUUCGUAUCAUACCCAAAAGACGCACGAGCGCAACAUCGAUCGAGCCAAAACGCAGAAAGCCUAG